AUGAAUAUGACUAUCUUUAUAGAAACAAUAAUUCUUCCGUUACUCAUCUUUCAAUUUUCGAUUAUAAAAGCAUCUAAUUAUGGUGGAUUCUGUUACAGCGAUAGUGAUUGUGAUCAACAUCAAAAAUGUUCAAGUACAGUUUGUCAGUGUAAUUUGGAUGAAAGACGUUUUUGGACAGGAAGAAUGUGUGCGAUAUGCGCAACAGGAUAUACUGUCACAAAUGAUCGAUGUUAUAAACUUUUUAAUGAACUAAAAACAUGGGAAGCAUCUCGAGUGCAUUGUCGCGCUCAAUAUGCCGAUUUAUUCUCAUGGCGUGAUAAUCAUGAUGAAAAAUUUAUUCGACCUGCUGUACAAAAUUGGGUGGUUACACCUGCUUUUUUAAAUUUAUGGCCUUUUUUAUCAUAUCAAAAGCCGAAUCAACCCUAUAUUGCAUGGUCUGGUGCUAUUAUAACCUCGGUAAAUCCACAUAAAAUUCAAUGGGCAGAUCCAGCUGGUAUCACAUUAGAUUCGUAUAGUAAAGAAUGGUGUGAUCCAACAAAAGAUGCUGGUUAUUUAUUAAGAAAAGAACCAACUUCAGAAAGUGCAAAUGGUACAGAGCAUGAACAAUGUAUUGCAUACAAUUUUGGUGCUAAAGGUACCAGUUUCCUCUGCUUAUCAGAUGAUUACUGUAAUCAAAAAUAUCCAUUUAUAUGCGAAAUGAAUACUGCUAGUAUGGCGUUGGCUACAGCUACCCAUCAUGGCAGCAAUGCUAUCCUUUCGCCGGGGGACGAUGGGAACCCUUUAUCUGAAACUGAAAAUGGUAUUAUCGAUUUUGAAGAACCACCAACUCCUCCACCAGAAAAUCUUGAAUUUAAUGGUCAAGACAUUGAUUCCGUAGCAGGAGCUCUUAAAGAAAAUACUGGAUUUCAAUCGAAGACAAAUAUAAUGAUAUUUGCUGGUGUAGGAGCAGUUCUUCUUGUUGGAGCCAUUGCUGGUUUUGUAGUUCUAAAAAAAAAACGAUCAAGUGCAAAUAAUACUACGGGUAGACAUACAAGUGCAUCUCAAAGUAGACCAAGUUUUGCUAGUUCCAUUGGAAGCAUGGUGGAUGAAUAG